AUGGUGGCCGAGAUAACAGUAGGAGGGCUGUUCGAUGGAGCUUACCCAGAGUCCGGCAUCGAGGGAUACGAAUUCAAAGACCAAUCCGGCAAGACCACAGGUUUAAAUGUAAGGUCAACGAGUCAAUGCCAAACCGCAAGGAUCAAAGCAUGUCGGAGAUAUAGUUGCAUCACGGGUCUGGUGGUUGUGGGGACACGGCAGCGGCUCCGAAGUGGGACUUGGAUGUGCGGGAAGGAAACGGCACGGCACGGCAUGCCAUGGCAUCAAGUUUGUGGAGUGUCAAGCCACAGACCGGACCCUGUUCGGGAGGUGGACAUGUUCUUGGUAGAAAGGUGUUGUUGA